UUCUAUUUUGUGAGAUAUCGCGAGACAAGGAAGGUGAUAAGCCAGGGGAUACUCAAUCGAGAAAGAAAAUUUUACAAAUGGGAGAUUAAUCUAUAGAGGACGCAGAAAGGAGAAACGUUAACUGCAAAACUGGACUUGAUAGAUAUUUUGAUAUUUACAGGCUAAACUCUAUGUGCGUUUGAUGUCUUAGGCUUCGAUCUGUGACAAUCACACGUAUAUAACAUUGGAAAGGACACAUCUAUCUACCAAAAUACGAUUAUGAGAAAUAGAAAACGUGCAUUGUAUCAAGACCUUUUCCCGUUUUUACCAGAACAGUUUGUCAGUUGCACUGUUGAUGGGUCCGUUGAUAUUGAUUUCCCAACAGAUGCUGAGCUAGAAGAGGCUUACCAGUUGAUCAAUGAUGCGAUUGAUGAAGAAAUUGGCUUUGGCGCUGAUGAAUACCCAACACUAGAGUAUUUCGUGGACGUGAUGCGUCACGAUUCAAUAUUACCGUUUGUGUUAAAGGAACGAUCAUCCAAGAAAGUUGUUGGAUUCUUCUUUACAGCCCCUACUAGGUUUCACAGGGGAGUAAACCCUAUAUAUUGUGAUAUGAAUAUUGUAUUGCAUCCAUCAUACAGGACGUUUGGGUACUUGAAUGAUUUCCUGAACUCUGUUGUAUGGAGGUAUGCUGAGACAUUGGGUUAUGAGGGGUUCAUUGGAGAGCACCUUACUAACGAUUGGAAGGGCCUGAAGAGUUUGGUCAAACGACAGGGCUAUGAGUUAUUAGGGAGACUGCCUUGUGUGACCAAGUUGAAGCACUCUGGCUACGUUGAUAGUUUUAUUGUCAUGAAAAGGUUUAACAAAGAUGCACAGUUGUGUUCGCAAACAGAGAUCCGACCAAAGCUCGUGGUUCCAACUCCAGAUAUAACUAAAAUCAAAGUGAACAGUCAACCAAAGAAGGCAACAAAACGGAGAUGUACCCUUUUAGAUGGACGUGAAAUAGUUGUCGAUUAUGCGAAAGAAGACGAACUGAAAACAAUAUACGAUUUCUUUGUAAAAGCUCAAAAAGAGGGAGAUGGGUACGCCGUUGAUGAGUAUCCAACGUACAAUCAUUUCGUUUUUAAGUUCAGGAAAAGCCACGUGUUCACUAUGAAGGUAGCUGAUGGGAGAAUUGUCGGGAUGAUGUCUGUUAUCCCAAGCCGAUUCAGUAGAAGUGCCGAACCAACGAUCGCCGCCGGACCAAUGUACGUAACCCAUGAAAUCAGGGGAAAGGGCGAUUUCCCAAAGUUUUUAUUGAUUCAAGCUCUUCUUGGAAUAGAAUGUGGUUACACUGGUUCAGUUGGAGAUACAUUUGUGACAAAUAAAAGGGUGGUUCGGACAUCAGGAGGCAAUGACGGUUCCAACAUCAUAGCCACAAUUCCAAGAUCAGCGUAUGCUGCUGGACAAGGCUGGGUGGAUUCGCAUGUCAUGGGUGGUAAAUUCUUAGAUUUUGGAUUUGCUGCAGAUGUAGAGAAUUUAGCUGCGAAUAUGCCAAUUUCUAAACUUUGAACUGUCAUGGUCAGGACAACAUAAACCUUAAACAUAAAUCUUUUUCGUGAGUUCUAUGCUGGCAAUGUUGUCAAUCAAUCGGACAAAUGUAUGAUGUUGCUUUAUUACCUUAAGUACACAUCAUAUGUUUGUCUGAUCAUAAGCUCGAAUAGUUGUGUUUCAAAUAUUAAU